GAUGUGAACGACCACGCCCCCGAGUGUGAGCCCCCAUUUCAGGAGCUCACCAUCCACACUCACCUGGGCCGCAGCAUGGAGGUGACCAGGAUGUCAUGUCGGGUGCCCCAAGAGCCACAGCGCCUGGCUUUCUCCUACAGCAUUGUGGGAGGGAAUAGUCGGAGCCAAUUCAGCCUGCAAGGAGCUGUCCUGGUGCACAACAACCUCAUGUUGGGGCCCUCCUGGCCAGAACAGCCCCAUACUUAUGAGCUAUUGAUCCGUGUGGCCGAUGCAGGUCCCUCCACCCCCCACCUCAGCACCACAGCCACUGUCAUUGUGCAUCUAGUUCCCUGGAGGGCCAGCACAGUGGCCACCAGCACCCACAAAGCCACAGUGAGGGGGUCCUCAGGCCCUUGGUGGGUGGGAAGAAAGGGUCUUGGAGGAUGCAGGGACCUAGUUUUCCAGGUGGAACAAUGGGGGAAGGCAUUUCGGAGGGAACUGCUGAGUGCAAAGAGCCUGGCAAUACGGAAGAGAAAUCUGGGGUGUGGGGUGGCUCAGCCCUUGGAGGGCUUUGAAGGCUGGAUGAUCAGGGCAUUUUGGCAGGGCAUUGGUGAAGCUGUGGCCCCAUUUCAGGGGACUUCAAUGAUGACACCCCUGCUUGUGACAGACACGGAGGCUUUCUGGCAGCCGGAGCCCUGGUUUGUGGUGGUGCUGACAGUGACCAGUGCCCUUCUCCUCUUGGCUCUGGGCUGGCUCCUCAGCAGGCUCCUGCGGGGGUUGGCCCAGGUGCUACAGGCACCAAGCAAACCAACCCAGGCUCUACUGCUAAACAGUAUCCAGGGAACUGAGGGGUCCGUUGAGGGGUUCAUGGAGGCACCAAGGAUGGAGACACCCCAGGCACCCAGCAGUGUCAUAAGCCUGCAGCAUUUUGAUGGCAGAGCACAGGACCCCUGUACAGGCAGAGAUUACCUGUUCAACACGCACACAGGAGCUCGGCGCUGGCUCUGAGGCCGAGAAGCUGCAUCAUAUUUGUGGAAUUUCUUCUUCACAUGAUUAUGUGUUUUCAAGUUGAUUCAAUAAUAAACAAAAUUACAAACAGAA